GUUGUCGGUAAGGAAACGGGGUCCAGAUAAUCCUGCUGGUGUUCCGCGUCAGGUGAAACUCGCAGUGUGUUGUCAGACGUUAAAAGUUGUUUUUGCGUAAUCAAAUUAAACUGUAACUGUUGUUGUAAUUUAUUCAAAUUCUAACCGACACGCUUACGUUACUGUUUAUUUAUACAACCAAAGAGAAAACAUGAAGAGUUUGAAGUAUCGACUGAAAAAGCACGAAGUUACCAUCACAUAAUGAAGUCUUGUGGAGAGGCUCUGGGCUGGAGAGAAGUUUGCAGAUUCUGCCGAGGUUUCUGGUCCCACUGCGAGGCGCAGGCUGCCUGCUGGAGGGGGGGAUUGAUCUGAAGAACACAAAAACACAAACACUCGCUGGCUGAGUGUUCAUUUGGUUGGACAGAACCUUUUCAUAUUUUUGUACUUCUCUAGACCACAGCAAAAGGACCACCAAGAUGAGUCGAUGGCUCAAAUGCACUUCCGUGUACUUUAAUACGGACUGGAAUAAGUAUGACGACAGGCUGAUGAAGGCAGUGGAGAGGAGGGAGGUUGACAAGGUUGCAGCAGUGCUUGGCAAGAAAGGCAUCAUCCCCACCAAACUUGACGUAGAGGGGCGCUCUGCGUUCCAUCUUGCUGCCACCAGAGGACAUCUCGACUGCCUGAAUCUCAUUCUUAAUCAUGGUGUGGAUAUCACAGCCACGGAUGCCACAGGAAAAAAUGCCUUACACCUGGCAGCCAGAAAUGCCCAGUCACUGUGUGUGCAGAAACUACUCCAGCACAAUUGCCCAGUGGGAAAUGUGGACCUGCAGGGAAGAACAGCCUUGCAUGAUGCUGUUAUGGCUGGCUGCGCCUCCAGUGUGAAGCUGCUCUGUGACAGCGGGGCAUUAGUUAAUGCCAGCGACUUUGAUGGUCGGACCCCAUUGGUUCUUGCCACUCAAAUGUGUCAUCCACACAUCUGUCAGCUGCUGUUAGAACGAGGAAGUGACAUCACACUCAGAGACAAACAGAAUAAAACAGCAUUGAUUCUGGGCUGCGAGUAUGCUUGUAAGGAUGCUGUGGACGUUUUGUUGAAACAUGGCGCUGAUGUCACUGCUGUGGAUAGUUCUGGCCAUGACAGUUAUCACUAUGCACGGCUCAGCAAGAACCAGGAGCUUGUCUCUCUUGUCAAGAGUUACCUGGACAGUGCCACAAAAGCAAAAGAGGCUGCCAAGAUGGAACAGAAAAAGAGACAGUUGCAAUCUGCGGAGAUGGUCUCUGAAACCACUAACCGUGAAAAGAUCAUACAGGACCUAGAGAAAAAGAAUGAGAGCCAACAGGAGACACUAAAGAAGAUCCAUCAGGAUCAGAGAACGCUGCUUGAUAAAGUUAACAUGCUUCAGCACCAACUCAGCCAGAAAAAUUCAGCAGUAGAGGACAUUCACAAGGAGAGAGAACAGCUGAAGCUUUUACUUUCUGCCAAAGAGAAGGAGGAAGGAGCCAGGGCCGUAGAGACUGUGAGAGUCCAGCAGCGGAGCCAUUUGGGAGAUUACCCUGGCCAGUCUGUGAUCAAAGGAAAAGACAAUGUAUUAGUGCGACAGUCACACAGCUUGGAUUCUGCUCAGAUCUUACAGCCUACAGGACCAUCUCGAUCUGUGGCUCGACCUUUGGAGCUGUCUCGGCCAGUGGCUGGGGAUCCUGAGACACUUCGUCAAGAGCUUGAAUGUGUCCGCAGACAGCAGGAGACUGCACAAGAGGAGGUGGGCCGCCUCCAAAAGGCUCUAGCAUGCAAGUCUCAGGAAUGUGAGGAGCUGACCAGGAAGUGUGAGACCAUCAAAUGUGAGUCGGAUCAGCAGAUACAUGAGCUGGAGGAAGCCAUGGGAGAUGUGCAGAAGCGAAUGAUAGACUCUGAGGCAAAGGUGAAACAGCUUCAGGCUCAUGUGGUUGCGGUAAAGGAGCAUCUCAAUAACCAAGUUGUUGAUGACCUCAAAGCACAGCUGAAUGAGGUGAAGGCAAAGUAUGAGGGUGCUUCUGCUGAGGUUGGGCGGGUCAGGAAUCAUUUAAAGCAGAGUGAGAAAGCUUUGGAGGAGUAUAAGAAAGGUGAAGGUCUUCUGGCUGUGGAGGUUGAGAGUCUCACUGCAGAGCUGAGUGCAAUGCGAGAAGACCAUAAAAACAUGGAGGAGACUCUCUUAAACAUGGAGGGUCAAGUGAAGACUGCAGAGGGCAGGUUGACAUCAAUGGUCAAAGGAGAGAAGUUUGACAACAUGAAGAACCUCCUUACCAAUGCUGUGGAUGAGAAGGAGCUACAGUUGGCUGAGUUAAGGGAGGAUUAUGACCGUGUGCUGGAGGAAGUGGCAGAGCUCCACCGCGUGAUGGACGACCGACAGUCCGUCCCCCUGCAAGAGCACGAGCGAGUCCGGGCUGCUCUGGAGGAGCAAACCUCAACCCUGAAGAAGAAACUUGCUGAUGUCACUGCAAAGUGUCAGUCAUUAAUUUGUGAAGUGGAGGAAGGUGAGGAUGAGAGAGAACAGCUCAGAGUGGAGCUGCAGGAACUCAGCAACAAUCUGAAGACCAAGUUUGUGACCUCAGAAAACCAUGAGGAGGUGAAGAGGUCUAUGGGACUCGCUGUGGAGGAGUUGACUGUUAGGUUAGCAGAAGAGACUGAGAAGAGAAAACAGGCUGAAGAGCAGCUACAGAGGCUGCAGGAAGAGAAGACCUCUCUUUGUGAGAACAUUGCCAACCUGAGGAGCAUGUACAUCCCCUGUGAACGUUAUGAGAGUGAGGUGGCUACACUCACAGAACGCAACACAGAACUGGAAGGAGAUCUUAAUAGCCUUCAGGAUCAAUACCACGAGAAAGUCAGUGAACUUGAGAGUUUGGCAGCUGAAAAAGCAUCACUGAAGCAGAGCUUUGACAUUGAGUUUGUCACAAAGAAUGAGAAUGAGAGAGUGCAGACUGAGUUAAAUGAAGCUUUGGAGAAAGCAAAGAUUGAAAUCGCAAAGUUGGAGGAUGAUUGUAGAGUUCGGGAAGAGGAGUUACAGAUGGUGAAAGAAGGAAAUGCUAUGUUGAAUGAGGAGUUUGAGAAAGUGCAGGCCAAGUUAGAAAAUGACUGUAUCAGCCUUGUGGAACAUGAGAUAUUAAAAAAUACAAUGAGCAAAGCUUUAUCAGAAGCAGAGGGAAGAGCUCAAGAUGCCUACUCCAAGUACCAGUGUGCUCAGGAGACCGCAUCAAAGCUCCACAAGGAAAUCGAAGCACAGAAGAAAGAGUUGGAUACUAUUAUGGAGGCAUUGCAGUUGAAGUUUGUUCCAUUGACUGCUAUGGAGGAAAAAGAGAUGCAUUUCAACACUGCUCUGAAGGACUUGGCAGAAAAACUUGCCGAAAUGCAGGAGAUGUACAAUGACGAAAAGACCAAAGGGGAAUGCCAAAGACAAGAGAACGAAAAAUUGAAGGAUGAGAUGGCAUCUCUACAGCAGAAACUUCAGACGGGGCUUGUGUCCAGUGAGAAGUACAAAGAAGUGGAGGAUCGCUGCAAGGGCCAGGUGGAGGAGCUGAGUCUGAAGUUGGUGGAGCUGGAGCAGCAAUAUAAAGAGGUUACAAUCCAGCGGGCCGAACUAGAAGAGAAAAAUGCAUUGUGCAACUCUGAGAUCCAGAGUCUCCAAAAGAAACUGAAUUGUGAGUAUAUCCAUCUGGAGCAGUUCGAGGCCAUGCAGAGCUCUCUGAGUGGCAGCCUGCAGGAGGCGCAAAAGGAGUGCAUGUGCUUACGAGAAGCUCAUAGACUGGAAGUCCAGCGUGUUCAUGAACUAGAGAAACAGCUUCAGAGUCAGAGCUUCGAUGAGGCCCAGUAUAGCCAGGUUAAAGCGGCUCUGGAACGUGAGGUCAAUGAGCUUCGCAUGGCGCUGCGGGAGGAGGAAGAAACCAAUGCGCAGAGGGCUGAGGAUGUAGCCACUCUGCAGACUGAGCUUCUCAGAGCCACACAUGCUCUGGAUGAUCUCAACAGCCAUGAAGAGCAGGUGACCCAGCUCAGAGCAGAAAAGCACAAGCUGGAGGAGGAGGUGCGUGAACUUGGCAAUCGGCUAUCAGGACUGGAUGAGCAAUAUGAGGAUCUGUACAGGGAAACAACACAUGCUAGGGAAGGUGAGAAGAGGGCGAGAGCGGAAACCGAGGCCUUGCAGGUGAAGAGUGCCUCCAUUGAGAAGGAGAUCAGAGAUCUAAAAGAGAGAUAUGAGGAAUCAAUGAGCACCAUUGGAGACCUGCAGAAGAGGAUUCAGGCUUCCUCUGAGCAGACUGAGCGUAAAGACAAAAGGAUCACAGAACUGUUGGCAGAUGUUGAAAGGCUGAAACAGGCUCUGAAUGGCUUAUCCCAGCUGGCUUAUGCUGGCAACGCGCCCAACAAGAGACAGACUCAACACAUUGACACACUCCAAGCCCAGGUCAAGAGCCUCCAGCAGCAGCUGGCUGAUGCUGAGAGGCAACAUAGAGAAGUGGUUUCAAUUUAUCGAACUCAUCUGCUCAGUGCAGCACAGGGUCACAUGGAUGAAGAUGUCCAAGCUGCCUUAUUGCAGAUCAUUCGAAUGAGACAAGGUUUUGUGUGUUGAACUCAGCACACUGAGACUACACUGACUCCAAUUCAUCAUUCACACAGUAACUAACCUCCCAUUCAGCUCAGUGCAGUUUGAUACUGCUCUGGAGCACUUCGGUCGGAAAGUCACAUUUUGCAACAUUUGAUAUGCCCUGAUUAGGUUGAGUGAUGUAAGCAAUAACAAUGUGGAUCUGUAAUAUAGAUUUGCUUAGUGACAGUACUAAAUAUAGCACUAGGGAUAGUUAAACCCAUCCAAAAACAUAAAUCAUAAACAUGAGUACCCCUUAUUUCAUGUUGAAAUAACUACAGUUUAAAGAAGACCAUUCCCUCCCUCCACUCUUAUAGUCUUGAUCUGAGCUACAUCUACAGUGUAUUAAUGAGAGAUGCAUCCCUUUAGAGAUAUUUUAAUGUUCUGUUCUCAGUCCACCAUUAUUGUAAUCUCUGCAAUGGUUACAGUAAGUUAGAGGUUAGAGAAAGCAGAUCUUUCAGCACUAGGGGAGAUGCUUCCAUGCAUUAGUGGAGUGGUGGGCACAGAGGCAAAUCCUGGGCCCGAUUAAGUUUUAUGAAAUGCCAGUGGCAUAGUUGUUGAAUAUCCUGCAAUACAGAAAGUAAUAAUAUUAUAAGUUAAUACACAUACAGUAUACAGUAAGAGCGUAAAUGCACAGCACUGUUACCACAGUAAAAAUCAUUUGGACAUACUUGUUUUGAAGGGUCCCAGAAUUAUGGUCCAAAGUCAUGACAAAAGAUCAGAGCACACCACUGCAGCUUCAUCUUAAACUUAUCUUGUGCAGUUUUGCCCAUAUCCAUAAACUGAAUCAUUUGUUCCCAAUGUGCGUGAUGUAUUUGAGUCAGUGGGUGUCUAUUGGGUUGGGUGAGUUAGGAUGGAGUAGUUCUUUUACUGAAGUGUUUAUGUAAAAUUGCUUUGUUUCUGCAGUGACAGCAACAGACUACUUUUUAUGAAUGAUUGUAUGAGCAAAGCAUUUAACAAUGAAGACUUUCAUAACACACUAUCCCUCAUGGUCCUUUAUCCUGACUGAUAUCGCCAUCUAGUGGUGUGACUUGGCUGGCCAAGUUUGAUGUGUGGUUUUGUGUAAGAGAAUGUGAGGCAUUUUGGAAUUCUCCCUUUUGAUGCUUCCCAAAUCUGAUAUAUCACCUUUUACAUGGAUUUGUACUACUUUUGAUUAUUGAACACCAUGUUUGUGGUAAAUAUUUCAAAAUUCAGCAGGACUGGAAUGGAAAGGCACAAUAAUCGGUUCAGGUUUCCGAACAUGACGGUAGACUUACAUACUUUAUAUUUUGUGACUCUGUUUUUUUUUUUUUUUUUUUUUUUCCUUCAUCUAAACUGUCAUAUGAUCCUCUGGCUUUUUAGUAUCUAUUUUUAAAACACUACCAUAGUGCCAUUUGGUUUGAUUGGUAUUAACUGAGGCUAUUGGUUUUCUCUGCCGGGAUGACUAAUUGUAACGGUUUCAUUAUUUAUUAGUAUUACUUUCUAACUGUGCUCUUACGAUUAUCAGUUAGUCUGUGUUUUUCCUUGGACAUUUUCUCUCCUUUUUUGUGAUAUUUUGAGUCUAACAUCAAUAAAAGUGCCUAUUUUAGACUAAA